AUGCUCGAUGAGGACCCGAUGGUACUGAAAAAGAAGCAGUCCGUGAUUGACGUGGGGCAGCGGUCGCAGCUGGACCUGGUGCACGGGGAGAUCCGCCGCAACAAGGAGGUGCUGACGACCCUGCGCCUGGAGAAUGCCCAGCUGCAGCUCGCAGUGCGGCAGGUCGCUCGCGGCCAGCGCCGGGUUACGAGUGAGGAGUACUUCCGUAGGGAGGAGGAGCAGCUGCACAACAAACUUUGUGUGCUGAAGCGUAGCCUGAACAGCGUGACGGGCAAGAAGGAGGAGCUGGCACGGGAGAUUGCGCGCACGAUAGAGGAGACCAGCUUCAUCAUGAAGGAGGGUGGCCCAAUCGUGGAUGAGAACUCCGCCGUGGGGCAGAAGAUCCGCGCCCUGGAGAACCGCCUUGACAAGUGCCUCAUCAAACACAACGAGGUGAACGCCAUCCGUCGCACGUACGAGACCCUUCUGGAGCGGUUGCAGCAGGAGCAGUCUGGGUUUGACACCCAGCUUGCCGCCAUGGAAAAGACGCUGCAGUGCAAGGAGAAGGAUCUGGCCGAGUUGAAUAGUGUGGCGAGUGAGGCCACGAAGGGCAGAGACGCGGCAAAGGCGGAGGUGCAGCGGCUGCAGUUGCACCUCACACGGGAGCGACGAGCACACAAGAAGGACAUCACCGAACGACGCGCAUUUGUGACGUCAAAGCGGGAGCAUUUGGAGAGGCACUCACGCAUGCUGCAUGAAAAGAUUGAGAAGGGGAAUGAGCGUCGCCUGCGCGCACGACUGGCGCUUAGUAAUACGCAAAAGAAGAAGAGUCGUAUGAACGCGCAGAAGCAACUCCGGCCAGAGGAACUAGAGCAGCAGAUGCGGCAGCGCGAACUGUACAACCGUCUGAAGGAGCUCACAAUGAGCAGUAACGUCACCGAUGUCAUUUCAAAGCUAAAGGAACGCCGGGACGCCAAUGCGCAACUGCUGGUCACCGUGAGGGAGGCGGAGUCGAUGGACGUGCUUUUAAAGAAUGAGCGGAAGAAACUGGAGGAAGAGUGGGAAAAGCUUCAGCAGCAGAAUGGUGGGGUCUCCACGGCGUUGUUGCAGCAGCAGCAGCCGGGGGACGCUGGCAUAGACGAUGAGGUCUUUGCUAAGGGUGGCUCGACGGAAGCAGGAGACGCCUCAUUGGCAAGCAAGGUUGAGCAGCGUGCGAGGAUGCGUCGCCGCGUGCUUGAGGAGUUUGACUCCCACCUCUCCGAUCGUCAGAUCGAACUAGAGGCGGCACAGCAAAUACAGGAUUCCCUGGGGAAGAUGCUGCUGGACGUCGACGCUGGGGUGCAUCACCUUGCCGGAAAAAUUGCCGCCGGGGAUAUGGCUGAGAGCACAGCACCGGUAACAGCGUCGUUUUCACGUUCCUCAAUUACAUCUGCGCUUAUGCCCGCGCCCACGUCAUGUGCCACGCGUGGUGAGGCCAUAGUGGAGCUGCUGCGCUCCUGUGGGUCGAGGCUGCAGUCGAUGCUCACAGAGAUACGGGAGGGAGAGGUUGAGACGACCACGAAGCUCUUGGCUCAUUGGCACGGGGCCAUGCCCCAGUCAAACAUUCGCGUGCGAUUGGAGCCGCAUGCCCCUCAUGACGACAGUCACAAUGUCGAUGACAUCUCCGAUGACAUGGCUGAUGUCAAUGGCCCGGGGCAGGUGUCAGGGAGCCUGGAGAAGGACCGCCGCAUAUCAGAGGGAGGGGGGGAUGCCGUGUUUGGUGUUCGGAAGCGGAUUGGUGUGUCUUCGGGCCGUGGUGCCUUCGACGACUUCCCAGAGAAUGAAAUCCAUGACAGGCACGAACUGAAGAUGAUGUCCAUCGCCACCGUGGAGCGGGAGCGCAAGAAGGCGAAGAAGCAGCUGCAGCAGAGUUCCAAGGAGGAGAGCCCAUAA